GCCAAUCAUACGCCACUAUACUCACCUCAAGGCGGUUUAGACCAAUCGGCACACAGCUGACUGUUGUGUCACCGCUUUGACUUCCUAGCGGGAAGCGGAAGUGCUAUCUCGAACGGUCCCGAUUCAAUGAUUUGUGGAGAUGAAGCUUUCCCGUGCUGAAUACAAGGAGAUAGUGAGAUGGACCGAGCAACUAAGACCAACACGGCAGUGUAUGAACGUGUUAAAGAAAAGAUUUCCCAAUCACUCGCAGUCCACUCUUCUGAGCAUCUUCUCCCUGGAGUACCAGAAACGAACCAAAAGGACAAUUUCGAGGCACCAUGCACCUGAUGUCAUUGAAAGCUACUACCAAAGGUAUCUGAGCGAGGCCGUGACACGUCCCUCUGCUCCUGUCUUGCUGGAGUUGGCCAAUGAGGUGGAUUUGUCUCCUGCGCUCAUGGCUCGCCUCAUCCUAGACAGGUUCCUUCAGAACCUGGAGGGGGAAACACCUUCAAAAUUAGUCCUCAACAGUAUGCUGAAGGAACCAUCAUUAAUACCAGACCAAACCUUGGCCAAGAACGUGUACCAAUGCACAGUAAACGACUGCUGUUAUGGACCACUGGUAGACUGCAUCAAACAUGCGAUUGGCCAAGAGCAUGAAGUGCUGCUGUGUGACAAACUCAAGGAGAAGAAUUUGUCCUUUCUAGAUGAAAACCAACUGAGAGCUAAAGGGUAUGACAAAACCCCUGACAUCAUCCUGGAAGUUCCUGUUGCUGUGGAGGGACACAUCGUCCACUGGAUUGAGAGCAAAGCGUCGUUUGGAGAUGACCACAGUCACCGCACAUAUCUCAACGAACAGUUUUGGAGCUACUGGAACAGGUCACGUAGCUCUUCAUAUGAUCGCUGCUCACGAAGUGACCCUCAGCCGCAAAAAGAGACGCCAAAUUAUCACCAAAAAUGGGAACUGGUUCUGAAGAUUAUUUUAAAGGGCAGAUGUUGGCUGACCUUCAGCAUGCCAGAUUUCCCGAAAUUGCCCAACAACGAUGUGAUUGAGGCGUUUGAACACCAGUGCAGCUGUGUGAGUAAACAUAGACUGAAAGGGAAGACGUGGGGCUGUUUUUUUACGACCCCAAAUUCUUUUAUAAGCAGAUACUAAUGGCAGAAACAUGAGUGGUGCCCUGUAAAAACUGAAAAUGAUGAUCGCAAUGUUGACUGAAGCCUUCAGACCCAAAUAGACGUUGCCUUUAGGGUGGUUGUUAUCCUCAGACGUUUUCUGAAAUUACGCGACUGUUUGUCAAUGCUGCCUUACAAUUGGCACUUUUUUUCAAUUGCCAACUCACUGCUGCAUGCUAACAUUGACAAUCUAAUUUCUUGUUUUGAGGAGAGAAUUGGUGGUUCAUACCCUUUAAGAAUUUAUUUUUCCCCCCAAUAGGAUUGUAACGAAUGUCCAUUUUCCACGGAUUUUUCUUUAUUUAGCUAUUCGCAGUGAGUAAUCACACACCUACCGACAUUUCGCCGAUGAACCCCUCAUCAAUUUCAGAUGUUCUAGUUACCUUUUCCUGACUUUGUCUUUUCUAUCAUUAGCCUGAAGCACUGUAAUGAUAGCACUUAAAUUCACUUAAUCUUGACAAAACUGAAGAAAAGCUUUAACACUGUGCUUUGUCAUGUCAUAUCAUUAUCCUAGCCACUUAUCCUCACAAGGGUUGCAGGAAAGCUGGAGUCGCAGGGCAGAUAUCGACACCAUCACUGAGCGGGAAUCGAUCCCACGCUACCCGCACUAAAGGCAGGCAUAUCUACCACUACACCAUUAGUGAGUCCUCACUUUGGUCUGGUUUUGACAUUUUUUUUUUUAAUAUUUCCUCUUUUCAAAAGACAAAAAAUUUAUUUGAGUUGUAUUAGUGGAGAAAGCUUUUGUUUUGUUUGUUUUUUUCUGUUAUAAAAACCUGGCAUCUGAACAAGGGUGUGUAGACUUUGUAUAUCCACUGUUAGCAAAUUUCGCAUACUUGAUAAAAAUUUAAAACACUGUCUUUCGACAUGUUCCGGGUGUGAAAAUGGUUCUGUUCGUGCGUCUUGUACAGUCCCCCCGCCCCCCUUGUCCCUAAUCUAUUUCACUUCCAAAACGGAAGCCAGUUCCAGCGCGGAGAAUAAAAAUAAGCAUUUCUAUAUUUGUUUUGUGCACUCACGCAGCCCGAAGCGACACGGCAUGUGUGCUUGAAGGCUGGCGAGGUGUUGCUUGAUUUGUUACCCUUAAACCUCUAACCCUUAGCCGGCUCCCAUCCAGGCCUUGAUCCCUCCACCAGGAGGCCACCGGGUCACUGUUGGGUCACCAGGCGGCCGUGGCUCAAAACCCCCGCCCCGCCACCUCCUCCUCAACAAAACAACUGUCCCCAUGUGUCCAGUUAAACUCAACCCUAUUGCCGGCCUAUGGAAUGCUUAGGCAUCACUUUAUUGCUCCUGUCGGAGACAAAAACAGGGCCAUUUUACUUGUCGGGGGAAAAUUCUCAGCUGAAUACGAACAGAAAGAAAAAGAGAGAAAAAAACAGCAGAAUCAGUUCCUCUCAAGUUUUUUAGCCUUCCUGCCAUUGUUUUCCAAGAUGGCCGUGGCACAAAAGAGGAGUCAGGGUCAGCUCCUAUAAAUUAGCUUUGUGCACACAAUGCCAGAGAAAUAGCGCCGCUCUAAAGCCGACUUCAAAGUCACGGCAGCCGGACAGAUUCCACCGCAAAUAGAAAAAAAAGUAAUCACAAACUAAUUUUUGUUUAUGACAACAACGGGAAGUUAGACGUUCAAAGGAUUUUCUCUAAAGUAAUGAUAAUUGAGUGGCAUUGUACUCAUUUGUGGGGGCAGGGGGAUUUGAACGCUGGUCCUCAGAAUUCUGAGGCAGACACUCUAACCAUUCGCUCAGGACAUAAAAUAGCUUUUUUUUUUUUCUUGUCCCUCCCUCUUGAUAACCAGUUCCGAAAAAUAUGUAACUAAAUGGUCUUUUUUUUUUUUUUCUUCAACAUAAUGGUGCCAAAAUGCAGAAUUCUGGAAUGACCCUUGUGCUGUAAAGAUUUUUUUUUUUGUGGUAGAUUUCUAAGAUUUUUUUAAAAUAGAUUUUUCUAGAAACAUGUAGUUUGGAGUGUUUCAUGUAUUUUUUUUUAAGCUUGUGGCUAUCCAUCCAUCCAUUUUCUUUGCCACUUAUUUACAUUAUUUCUUAAUGACCAAUUCUGAAAAAUAUGUAAGUUAAUGUUUUUUUUUUUUGUAAAUAUAACGGUGCCAGAAUGCCAAAUUCUGGAAUGACCCUUUCACUGUAAAGUUUUUUGUUUUUUUUAAUUGUAGAUUUCUAAGAUAUUUCUAGAAACACGUAGCUCGGAGUGUUCUAGCUUCUUCUUUUUUUUUAAGCUUGUGGCUAGCCAUCCAUCCAUUUUCUUUGCCGCUUAGUUAUAUUAUUUCUUCAUGACCAAUUCUGAAAAAUAUGUAAGUAAAUGGUCUUUUUUUUUUUAAGCAUAAUGGUGCCAGAAUGCAAAAUUCUGGAACGACCCUUGCACUGUAAGGAUUUGUUUUGUUUUCUUUUAAUUGCAGAUUUCUAAGAUUUUUUAAAAUAGAUUUUUCUAGAAACAUGUAGUUUGGAGUGUUUUAGCUUUUUUUAAGCUUGUUACUAUCCAUCCAUCCAUUUUCUUUGCCGCUUAUUUAUAUUCUUUCUUAAUGAUCAAUUCUGAAAAAUACGUAAGUGAAUGGACUUUUUUUUUUUUUAAACAUAAUGGCACCAGAAUGCAAAAUUCUCGAAUGACCCUUGUGCUGUAAAGUUUUUUUUUUUUUUUUUUUAAAUUGAUUUCUAAGAUUUUUCUAGAAACAUGUAGCUCAGUGUGUUCUAGCAUUUUUUUCUUUUAGCUUGUGGCUAUCCAUCCAUCCAUCCAUUUUCUUUGCCGCUUAUCCUCACUAGGGUCACAGGGAGUGCUGGAGCCUAUCCCAGCUGUCAACGGGCAGGGGGUGGGGUACACCCUGAAUUGGUUGCCAGCCAAUCGCAGGACACAUUGAGGCAAACAGCCACCUGGGGGAAAUUUAAAAUGCUUGUUUUUGGGGUUUGGGAGGAAACCGGAGUGCCCGGAGAAAACCCACGCAGGCACGGGGAGAUCAUGCAAACUCCACACAGGGAACGAACCCGGUUCCUCAGAACUGUGAGGCCAACACUUUACCAGCUGAGGCUUGUGGCUAUUUAGACUUAAUGUAGAUCAACUGCUUAUUAUUUUAUUGCCAAUAAAUUACUGGUUUAUUGUUUCUUGUUUUCCAAGUUUUAACCUUUUCCCUGAAGAAAUAUUUGCAUUUACUUUUGCUUAAUGAAAGUGGUUUCAUAUUUUGGCCACGAAGCGCCAUUUUACCAUGUUUUUACUCUUCACGUCCGCCAUGUUUGUAAAGGAGUUUGCAGGAAGACUAAUGUUUUGUAGAGCGGAACGAGAUUCCAGAAAAUAGUCCAAUUUGAGCAUAAUGUAACGGUUAAUAUUCAGUAGGUUCCCCGGCUCAGAUUCUCGUGAGUGCAGAUGGCUUUGUUCCAGAAGCUCGCAUGUCCAGCUCGGGUUCAUAUUCUGUUGUUUUUUUAAUGCGUCUUCAAGCAAACGUCUGAACGGCCCGUUGAGAUUCAGGCAGACCGAGGCGAAGGUUUCAUUUCUGCCGCAGACACCACACAAGACUUCCUCCACGCUUCUGUUAUUUAUGCGCGGAGGAACGCAGCUCUGUUUUUGCCCCGGGCGGCAUGGAGCUUUUAGUUGGUGAUCCUCUCUUGCCAGGAAGAUAUCACAGGGUGGAAAUAAAUAAAAGUUUUCCUGGAAAAGCCAGAGGAACUGUUUUAAAACAAAAAAACGGGGGAAAAAGGCAGAGCUGGACCAAGGGUGGAAAGUAACACACGCUCUCGAGCAGAUAUGACGAGGGAGCUCGUUUUUAUUUUUAGGAAGCUGCGCCUGCUAAUCAGAUGUUAUUUAAAACAACAAUGGAGCAUGAGAACGUGAACCGAGGGAUUGAGAGGGGCCGCGUUUGACUGACAGGAAGGAGGCACGAUGACAUGUUUGACUGGGAAAUGAACGACAAUGACACGAGGGGAUGCAGGUCACUUUCGGGCUUGUUCGCUUUUCCAAAGGCAGCGCGCCGCGACGUUGUUACUUCGAAAUGCACGACGGAAUCAUAUGAAAAAUACAACAAAAUUGCAUUCAAGAUGAACUACUUUCGAGCGCGCAAUACAAAUAUGAUCGACGUGUUAUGCUAAAAAAAAAAAAAGUUACAAGGCCGUUCAACAGAAUCUGUGCCAUUUGCAUCCCCACGGAGCAUAAAUCCAAAAUAAAAUUAGCUAUAAAAUACAUGAUUUUCUCGUGCAAAAUGUUUGGCACGUUGAUCUGAGUGCAUGUUUCGUACAUACAAUUUCAAAACUUAAUUUAAAUGACUGAACACAAAUAAAGUUGUAAUUAUUGCCAUUGUUUGCUUCCUAAAAUUGCGCUUUGCCAUACAAAUAUUGCAGUUUAUUUUGCAAAUGUGUUACUCACAUUAAAUCAUUUUCCUCGGUUUUCACUGAGUCCUGUUAUUGUAACACUUGGCCCCUCAAAAAAAAAAAUAAUAAUAAUAAUAAAAAUAAAGUAUAAAUAUAUAAUGUAAAAAUUCAAAAA